UAUUGAAUUAAAUGGCAGCACAACAAAUACUGGCUUAAAACCUGGCAAUGACAACCAUUUCUAAUGGACUAUAAACAGAAUAGCCUAAUAACCACGUCAUUGUAUAAAAACAAAUUACAAGUUGAAUCAAUAAUACGUGUUAAAUAAUAGAUAUGUAUUAAAUAUAAAUCAUAAAAAUGAACAAUAGCGACAAGACAUGUGUGAACAAGAGACACUACUUGUGUAAUGUCUGCGACAAAUCGUUCAACCAAGCCUGCAAACUGGCAGUACACCAGAGAAAACAUACCGGGGAGAAACCGUACCUAUGUGACGUUUGUGGCUUGAUGUUUCGGCAGAGCAACAACUUGACAGAACACAAGAAAAUACACACCGGAGACCAACUAUACCCGUGCGAUGUGUGUGACCAGAGGUUCACCAGUACCAGCCAUCUAACGGUCCACCAGAGGAAACAUUCAGGGGAGAAACCUUAUCCCUGCGAUGUGUGUGAAAAGAGGUUCACCAGUAACGGCCAUCUAACGGUCCACCGGAUGAAACAUACAGGAGAGAAACCUUACCCGUGCGACGGGUGUGAAAUGAGGUUCACCACUAACAGCCAGUUAACGGUCCACCGGAGGAAGCAUACAGGAGAGAAACCAUAUCCGUGCGACGGGUGUGAAAUGAGGUUCACCAGUAACAGCCAGUUAACGGUCCACCGGAGGAAACAUACAGGGGAGAAACCUUACCCCUGCGAUGUUUGUGAAAAAUCGUUCAGACAACAAUGUAACCUAGCAGAACACAAGAGAAUACACACCGGAGAGAAACCAUACUCGUGCGAUGUCUGUGACCAUAGGUUCACAAGUACCAGCCAUUUAACGGUCCACCGGAGGAAGCAUACAGGAGAGAAACCAUAUCCGUGCGACGGGUGUGAAAUGAGGUUCACCAGUAACAGCCAGUUAACGGUCCACCGGAGGAAACAUACAGGGGAGAAACCUUACCCGUGCGAUGGGUGUGAAAAGAGGUUCACCAGUAACAGCCAUCUAACAAUCCACCGGAGGAAACAUACAGGGGAGAAACCUUACCCGUGCGAUGUGUGUGAAAAGAGGUUCGCCAGUAACAGCCAUCUAACGGUCCACCGGAGGAAACAUACAGGGGAGAAACCUUACCCGUGCGAUGGGUGUGAAAUGAGGUUCACCACUAACAGCCAGUUAACGGUCCACCGGAGGAAACAUUCAGGAGAGAAACCUUACCCAUGUGAUGGGUGUGACCAGAGGUUCAUCAGUACCAGCCAUUUAACGGUCCAUCGGAGGAAACAUACAGGGGAGAAACCUUACCCCUGCGAUGUUUGUGAAAAAUCGUUCAGACAACAAUGUAACCUGGCAGAACACAAGAGAAUACACACCGGAGAGAAACCAUACUUGUGUGAUGUGUGUGACCAGAGGUUCACCAGUACCAGUCAUCUAACAGUCCACCGGAGGAAACAUACAGGGGAGAAACCUUACCCGUGCGAUGGGUGUGAAAAGAGGUUCACCAGUAACAGCCAUCUAACGGUCCACCGGAGGAAACAUACAGGGGAGAAACCUUACCCCUGCGAUGUUUGUGAAAAAUCGUUCAGACAACAAUGUAACCUGGCAGAACACAAGAGAAUACACACCGGAGAGAAACCAUACUUGUGUGAUGUGUGUGACCAGAGGUUCACCAGUACCAGUCAUCUAACAGUCCACCGGAGGAAACAUACAGGGGAGAAACCUUACCCGUGCGAUGGGUGUGAAAAGAGGUUCACCAGUAACAGCCAUCUAACGGUCCACCGGAGGAAACAUACAGGGGAGAAACCUUACCCGUGCGAUGGGUUAUUAGAAGUUAACCAGUGACAGCGAAUUAACGUUUGCGACAAAUAGUUCAGCCAAAGCAAUACCUGAGAACACACAAGCAAACGCACACGUGAGAGAAACUUUUUUCCAAAUGAUGUGUAUGACUAAUAAAAUCCAAUGUUGACGGCCCACUCGAUGGAAACACACCACAGUGGAACGAUUUUAGGAUGGAUAUUUUUUAGUUGAAUUUAGCCUUGGUUAACUAUUUUUGUUGUUUUUAAAUUUAAAAUAACCAUUAUAUA